CUAUAUACAUAGGAGAGUCCAGGGCUUCUGUCUCUGAAUCCAGCAGUGCAGGAGUGCGCAAGGCACCAGAACACACUCUAGCAGGGCUUUGGCCGAGGGCACAGGGCAAGGACACAUAUCCACUCAGUUAUCUCUCAAGUUCAACUUUGCCAGUAAGAUAGCAUGUCAAAAGGUCCAGCAGUUGGAAUUGAUUUGGGCACCACCUACUCCUGUGUAGGCAUCUUCCAGCAUGGAAAGGUGGAGAUCAUUGCCAACGACCAAGGAAACAGAACGACGCCCAGCUAUGUCGCCUUCACAGACACAGAAAGACUGAUCGGAGAUGCAGCCAAGAACCAAGUAGCCAUGAACCCCACCAACACAGUGUUUGAUGCCAAGCGCCUGAUUGGUCGACGCUUUGAUGACCCAGUGGUCCAGUCUGACAUGAAGCACUGGCCCUUCAAAGUCAUCAAUGAGGGUAGCAAGCCCAAGGUGGAAGUGGAAUACAAAGCAGAGAGGAAGACCUUCUACCCUGAGGAGGUGUCCUCCAUGGUCCUCACUAAGAUGAAGGAAAUUUCAGAGGCAUAUCUGGGCAAGACUGUAUCAAAUGCAGUCAUCACAGUGCCAGCUUACUUUAAUGACUCUCAGCGCCAAGCCACCAAGGAUGCCGGGACCAUUGCUGGCCUUAAUGUCCUGCGUAUUAUCAACGAACCAACAGCAGCUGCCAUUGCAUAUGGGUUAGACAAAAAGGUUGGUGGUGAACGCCAUGUCCUCAUCUUUGAUCUGGGUGGUGGCACCUUUGACGUUUCCAUUCUGACGAUUGAGGAUGGCAUUUUUGAAGUAAAGGCUACUGCUGGUGACACCCACUUGGGUGGCGAGGACUUUGACAACCGAAUGGUUAACCACUUCAUUGCCGAGUUUAAGCGCAAGUUUAAGAAGGACAUCACUGGCAAUAAACGUGCAGUCCGUCGCCUUCGAACAGCAUGUGAGCGUGCCAAGCGCACCCUCUCCUCCAGCACACAGGCCAGCAUUGAGAUUGACUCUCUCUAUGAAGGUGCUGACUUCUAUACUUCUGUCACCAGAGCGCGUUUUGAGGAACUCAAUGCUGACCUAUUCCGUGGCACACUCGAGCCAGUGGAAAAGUCUUUGCGUGAUGCUAAGAUGGACAAGGCGCAGAUCCAUGACAUUGUGUUGGUUGGUGGUUCCACUCGCAUUCCCAAAAUUCAAAAGCUGCUUCAAGACUUCUUCAAUGGCCGGGAUCUUAACAAGAGCAUCAACCCUGAUGAAGCAGUAGCCUAUGGAGCAGCUGUCCAGGCUGCCAUCUUAGCAGGCGAUAAAUCUGAGAAUGUUCAAGACCUGUUGCUGCUAGAUGUCACCCCUCUCUCUCUGGGCAUUGAGACAGCUGGUGGUGUCAUGACGGUGUUAAUUAAGAGGAACACUACCAUUCCCACCAAGCAAACCCAAACUUUCACCACUUACUCAGACAACCAGCCUGGUGUGCUGAUCCAGGUAUUUGAGGGAGAGAGAGCCAUGACAAAGGACAACAACCUUCUUGGCAAAUUUGAGUUAACAGGAAUCCCUCCUGCCCCUCGUGGUGUGCCACAGAUUGAAGUUACCUUCGACAUUGAUGCCAAUGGCAUUCUUAAUGUAUCAGCUGUGGACAAAAGUACUGGCAAAGAGAACAAGAUAACAAUCACCAAUGACAAAGGACGUUUGAGCAAGGAAGAUAUAGAGCGUAUGGUACAAGAAGCUGACCAGUACCGAGCAGAGGAUGAUGCUCAGAGGGAGAAAGUCACAGCCAAAAACGCAUUGGAAUCCUUGGCCUUUAACAUGAAGAGCACCGUGGAAGAUGACAAGCUAAAGGACAAGAUCAGUACAGAUGACAAAAAAGCAAUUAUUGACAAAUGCAAUGAAGUCAUUGCCUGGCUGGACAGGAACCAGACUGCAGAAAAGGAUGAGUACGAGCACCAACAGAAGGAGCUGGAAAAAGUUUGCAACCCCAUCAUCGCCAAGCUCUAUCAGGGCACUGGUGGCAUGCCAGGUGGAAUGCCAGGUGGAUUUCCUGGAGGGACAGGAAGUGGCACCUCCUCUGGCCCUACCAUUGAGGAAGUUGACUAAUCUCGACACAAGAAUGAGAUAAAGAGAAAUCCAGAUGCACAUGUUUGCUGACCUUUUCCUGAAUAAAUGCAUGGAAGCAGAAGUUUGCACUGAUUAAUCUUAAUUGCUACAAGUAGUGGCCAAUUGACAUGGGUUUGUAUUGGCCGAUGUCGAUACAAAUAACUAGAGAGCUGGCCACAGGCCAGCAUAAUGGCAGUAUGUGUGUGAAAUAGGCUGAUAACAUUUAAUUAAAGCAAACAAGAUUUUUAAAUGAAAUAACGUGUGCAUGCGGUAUAUGCCAAAACAGAAUAUUUCCUUAAAAUUGACUGUAUUACAAAAUACAGUGUGAGUACCACUUUAGUUUAUGCAUUUGGUACAGUAUCUUGAACUAACAAUGACAUUUUUUUACAGCAUUUAUAAAUCUUGGUUCAUGUUAAUUAAUCCAAAUACUAUUGUUCAGUGUUUGUUCCUGUUAGUUCAUACAUUUUUAAUGGUGGCCCACCCAAACUUAAAUUUAAAUGAUAAAAAAAUAUUUAUAUUUGGGCGACAGACAGGCUCAGGCCUGUAAAAAUGCAUUUAAGACUCAGGAUAGCUCUUUCCAAGCCACCAGUCACAGUGAUAACAGACACCUUUGUAUUGUGUUGGGAAUUGUCACCAGACAAAAAAAAAAAAUUUAAUAAAUUCAUUAAUACAUUUAUUCUAAGCAAUGAAAAUGUAAAUCAAACAAUUCAGUAAAAUAAAGCACAGUCCAAUACAUCAAACAAA